ACAGGAAGACUGGAGGCCAAGGAGAGCAGCCGCAUUCUGCAGGAGAGGAAGGACGUGGAGGUCCAGCUGUACAGCCCGAACAAAGGAAAACAAUCAAGGCAAAGGAAUGAGCAAGAAUCAGAAAGAAGUGAAGAAAAUCCAGACGGUUUAUCUGCAGAACUUGGAAAAAUUAAACCAGGGGGUAAAGCCAGACAGGAAAAGUUGGAAAACAAAGGAAGGAGACUUUUCUGCAGCGAUGGAAAAGCUGCGACAGCCUCCCACAGCUGUGAAAGUAACCAAAAGCUCAGCACACAGAAUCAGCAGAGACCUUACCUGCUCCAUCUGCCUGGAUCUCUUCAAGCAGCCGGUGUCCCUGCCCUGUGAUCACACCUUCUGCCAGGGGUGCAUUGAGGGUUACUGGACCGGUCCCCGGGGCCCUGUCCAGGGAGGCACAGGCUCCUGCCCUCAGUGCAGGAAGGUGUACCCCGGGCAAAGCUACAGGCCCAACCGCAUCGUGGCCAACAUAGUGGAGAGCUACUGUCAGGGUCUGGAGGAGAGCGAGACUGGACCUCAUCUGGCAGAUGUUGGAGUGGCAGAGAGGGUUCCUGCUCCAGUCCCACGCUGCAGCCGACACAGAGAGGAGCUGAAGCUUUACUGUGAGGAGGACCAGGAGCUGGUGUGUCUGGUGUGUGGUCUCUCCCAGGAGCACAGGAACCAUACCAUGGUGUGUGUCCAGGAGGCCGAACAGAAGUAUAGGGCAUCUCUAAACAGCUCCAUGGAUUCCCUUAAAGCUGAACUCAACACGGCGCUGCAGUGUGACAGGGAAGUCGAGGACGAGGUUAAAAAGCUGAAGGAACACACCGCUGACUUGAAGCAGCGCAUCGAGGCCCAGUUCAGCGACCUGCACCAGUUCCUGUACCAGGAGGAGAAGCUGCUGCAGGUGAAGCUGAAGACGGAGGAGCGCAGGGAGCUGAUCCGGCUGGACGAGCACAAAGCCCUGCUGUGCGUGGAGAUCUCUCGUCUGCAGAGGGCCGUCCACGAGAUAGAGGACAAGCUGAAAGAGCAGGACGCCUUCACUCUGCUCCGGAGCAUCAAAGUCCUGCUCCAGAGGCCUUCGCUGAAGUUUGAGAAACCUACGUUUACACCACCCAGUCUGUGCGAGGGCCGGUUUGCGGGGCCCCUGCAGUACAGAGUGUGGAAAUCCAUGAAAGGAAGCCUCUAUCCAGUUCCAGCAGCCAUCACAUUUAACUCCAGCACGGCCAACCCUUGGCUCAGCCUCACCUCCUCCCUCACCUGUGUUCGCUACCAGACCUUUAACCACACCGUGCAGGACAACCCCUCCAGGUUCAACGCCGCCCUGUCGCUGCUGGGCAGCCAGGGCUUCACCCAUGGGCGACACUACUGGGAGAUUGAGGUCUACAGCAGCACAGUCUGGACUGUGGGGGUGGCCCGAGAGUCUGUGCCCAGGAAGGGGGUCAUCAAAGCCCUCCCAGCCAACGGCUUCUGGACCCUGUCCCUGUCUUAUGGGAUUCAGUACAUGGCUGGCACUUCACCUCCCACAGUGCUGUCCCUGGAGGAGCCACUGGUCAGGAUCGGAGUUUACCUGGACUACAAGAGGGGCCUGGUGUCCUUCUACAACGCAGAGUGCAUGGCCCACCUCUACACCUUCAGGGAGACCUUCACUGAGACGCUGUUCCCUUACUUCAACCUGGGCUUUCUGGAUAAAGUGCAUGAAAAUGAGCCUCUCAAAGUUUUCAUACCAAAGAUUUAAAAAAAGGUGACAAAAAAAUACAACUGAAGAGGGAACACAGGGGUGAAAAGUUACCAAACAAACAUGGAAAAUGUAUUUUCCAGAGCAGAUUCGUGUUUUUGAUGUUGAUAUUAAAGGGGCCACGUGGAGUUUUAGAUUCAGCGUUACUCACCAAAAUGCAUUGUGUUUCCUUGAGGUGCAACAUGCAUUUCCUUCCCCAUUAAAUUGGCAAAAAUGAUUUUCAUUCCAGUAUUUGCCAUCAUGUUUGCAGGAAAACAGUCUGCUCGUGUGUUUGCCAGCUGGCAGUCUUCUUCUUACCUGACUUCUCUCGCACAUUCCUGAAUAUAUUUGUGUGUCACCGCCACCUGUUGAUCAGUGGUCAGACACAUAAACACAACAGGAACCCACUCACUGAAAAACAGCUCCAUAUUAAGUGCUAUUAGAAGAUUUAAACUCCUCAGAUAACCUUUAGGUAACAUUUUUGUAACAGAUUUUGUUCAGUUUGUAGACUGGAUCUACUGCCAAACAUUUCAUGUCAGAGAAGCGGUGCUUCAGUGAAGAAUGUGAAACUGUCUGGUUACAUGACUGAUAUGUUUUUUUUAUGAUUAUCAUUAAUCUUUCUUGUGCAUGAUACACUAAUACAUUCAAUAAAAUAUCUUAAUCGCUCUAUACUGUGAUUAUUAUUGAUAUGUUGAAUACAAGUACAGUAUUCUUAAGUUGUUUAUAUGGUGUCAUAUCAUACUAAUGAUGUAAUUGGUGCAUUCAGGGACCUUGGGAGAUGUUAAGCUUCUUCGGUAGAAGAACGAUAGUGAGAGUGAGACAUAUGUAAAAGGAACUUGGAUUUAAUAGCCUUUUUCAUGUGAACAAAUGGUUUUAAUCUACUUUCUACUUCUCGUGCUUGAUGCCUUGACUGUACCAACUGUUUUAACUCUAAGUUAUCCAAGGGCUGAUGCAUGUUAAGUGGCACAACAAGU